ACGGUUCCUGGAAGGGGCCAGUCCCGGUCGUUCUGGAGUUUCUCCCGGCCCGCUGCGGGCAGCUGCGGGCGGUGCUUUGCCCCGGCGCCUCCGUGCGCUCGGCCAACGGCCUCUAACAGCGCCCACCCGAGCGCUCCGGGAGCCGGCGGGCUGCGGUCCUCGCUGGGGACCCUCCAGCAGGCCCAGGGGGACAAAAGUGGCUCUAAAUCCAGCACAUGCCCAUUGAAGCAAGUUAAAGGAUUUAAUAUGAAGCACAGACGCAGAUAGUGCCAAAUAGCAAGCAGUAGUUUUACGCAUUUCUGGAAAAGCAGUGUCCGUGUUGUUAUGUACACCUCCAAAAAAAGUUCAGAUCUGUAGGGGAAUUGUUGUGUAAAGUAAACUGAACUACAGGGUAGCAGUAUUUUAAUAGCUAUUGUAAACGUGUAUUUACUGUUAAAAAUGAGUAAAAGAACAAGCAGUGACACACCACUAGGAAGGGUAAGUGGAGCAGCAUUUCCUUCUCCCACUGCUGCUGAGAUGGCGGAAAUUAGUCGAAUUCAAUAUGAAAUGGAGUACACUGAAGGUAUCAGUCAGAGAAUGAGGGUCCCAGAAAAAUUAAAAGUAGCACCACCAAAUGCUGACCUGGAACAAGGAUUUCAAGAAGGAACUCAAAAUGCUAGUGUAAUAAUGCAGGUUCCAGAGAGGAUUGUUGUUGCAGGAAAUAAUGAAGACAUUACAUUUUCAAGACCAGCUGAUCUUGACCUUAUUCAGUCAACUCCCUUUAAACCUCUGGCACUGAAAACACCACCUCGUGUACUUACACUAAGUGAAAGACCGCUAGAUUUUCUGGAUUUAGAAAGACCUCCUCCAGCUCCUCAAAAUGAAGAAAUCCGAGCAGUUGGCAGGCUAAAAAGAGAGCGCUCUAUGAGUGAAAAUGCUGUUCGCCAAAAUGGACAGCUGGUCAGAAAUGAUUCCAUUGGGACGCCAUCGCCACAACAGGCUCGGGUCUGUCCUCCCCGUACGUUACCUGACGAUGGAGCUAAUCUCUCCUCUGUGCGUGGCAUUUUGUCGCUUAUCCAGUCUUCUACUCGUAGGGCUUACCAGCAGAUCUUGGAUGUGCUGGAUGAAAAUCACAGUGUGAGAAGACAAAAUGAAAUACGUUGUGAAAGACCUGUGUUGCGUGGUGGGUCUGCUGCCGCCACUUCUAAUCCUCAUCAUGACAACGUCAGGUACGGCAUUUCAAAUAUAGAUACAACAGUUGAAGGAACUUCAGAUGACAUGACUGUUGUAGAUGCAGCUUCGUUAAGACGACAGAUAAUCAAACUAAAUAGACGUCUACAGCUUCUAGAAGAGGAGAACAAAGAACGUGCUAAACGAGAAAUGGUCAUGUAUUCAAUUACUGUAGCAUUCUGGCUGCUUAAUAGCUGGCUCUGGUUUCGCCGCUAGAGCACGCUCUUUUUCUUGCUGCCAAGGACAUUGUUGUUGCUGGAAUGACCUGGAAAUGACAUCAACGGAAAAGAUGAGUAUAAUUGCUUCUCAUCAGCUGAAAGAGCAGUCAUCUCGGCCUUCUUACCUCCAGUUCCGGGAAAUCAAGGGUCAGAGAACAAAAAGGGAAGUUGGCAGUGUUCUUGAUCCUAUGAACCUUCUCAUCUCAAUUUCAACCAUAAAGAUUAAAGGGGGAGGGGGAAGGCAUUCGAGAUAAACUCUUGCAUCUACAUUCUAGUUUAGCCUGGGUCAUCUUUAGAGAGAUUUGGAUUUUGUAUAGAUUAGGGUGAGUUUUUUAUUCAUUAUUUUUGAAAGAAUAUUUUGAAAGAAUUGGUUGCAUCAUCUAUAUUCACUUUUUCUUAAAAUUACAACAACCUGUAGCCACUAACCCAAUUUCCCAAGAAUUGUAUGAAUUUGGCAAGCCUCCAGAAAAGAAACUUAGUCCUUUGCCUAGCAGUUGCGAACUAGUAAUUCAACCAUAAAGGUUAAAGGGGGAAGGGGAGGCGUUCAGGAUAGCAAUUUUAAACUCGUCAUCCACUUCUAAUUUAGCCUGGGUCCUCUUUGGAGAGAUGUGGAUUUUGUAUAGAUAAGGGUGAGUUUUUUAUUCAUUAUUUUUGAAGGAAUAUUUCUGAAAGAAUUGCUCGCAUCAUCCCAUAAUCACUUUUUUUUUUUUAAAGUUACAACCUGCAACCGCUAACCCAGUUUCCCAAGAAUUGUAUGAAUUUGCAAGCCUCCAGAAAAGAAACUGAUGUUGUUUGCCUGGCAGUUGGGAACUAGUAAUUCUGUCACCACCCCUGUCUCACUUCCCUUUCUUCUCACUCCCUGGAUCACCAUUAUCUCGCUAGUUCCCCAAGCUUACAAUUUGAGAAUUAAUUUUUGGAUCAACAUUCUUCUUUCUACUCCUGUAUCCAUGAUAUGUAAUGAUCUUACUUUAUACUUAUGUUCAGAAAUCUCAUACCUAUUGCAUUCUGUGUUAAGGCAAAUAGGAUGCAGGAAAGCUGUAAGAAAUGAUUUCCAUAUUCUCAGGACUUAACGUUUAAAUUUUUAGGAAUAUCUAGUCAGCAGCUAUGGCUAGAAGAUUCUUCCUGGAAGAAAUAAAGAGUGGAAUGUAAAAAUGUAAAUUACUUCCUUCCACUUAAGAAAUUGUAGCCGUAAGGUUUUUUGGGUUUUUUGCCAUCUCAGCACAGCUGCCCUUGGGUCGUUGUUUUUCCUUCUUCUGUUGUUUUCUAACAUUUUAUUGAUGUCUAACUAUAUGCCAGGAACUGUUAUAAGUUCUUCACAUGUUUUAGCUCAUUUCAGCCUCAUAAUAAUUCUCUGAGGUGGAUGCUGUUAUCAUCAUCCCCAUUUUACCAACGAGAAAACUGACGCACAGAAAGUUUGAAUAACUUGGCCUAAGAGUGUGGAAGAGUUGGGUUUCGAUGCUAGGUCGUUGGGCCCCAGAACCCAGACUCUUAACCACUAUCCACGCUGGCUCAGUUCUUAUAAUUCUCCGCUAUUCCUGCAUAGAGUGUAUUCAUUAUCACCACCCCCCCGGCCUUGCUCAUCGCAUUGUCCUACUAAACUCCUUCCCUGGCCCUUUUUUCCAAGCCAAAAUCUGCGUUUGUCCUUUCAGAUCAGUUUCAAGGUUUACACCUUACAAGGCAGCUUCCCUAACAAACCUGACCCACUCUAUUCAUAUUGUGACUCCAUGUCACUUGUGUAGAGCACUUUGUAUUUGUUAUCAAGCUUUGCUUAUGUAUUGCCUUGAACACCAACCCCUUAUAAUUCAGAGAUGACAUAUCUGUAUGGCAGCCCAGCCACUCUGGGGCAUGACUGAGAACCCAGAAGAAAAGUAAAAAGAAUUUUUAGCCCCCAAAGAAAUGUCAUAGUUCAUGCACUCAACCUCUUUUGUUAUACCCAAAAGCUCUACUAUCUCUUAAGCUUUAGGAGCAAGGAAUUUAGAACAGGGAUUGACAAACAACGGCGCACAGUCCAAGUCUGGCCUGCCACCUGUUUUUGUAAAUAAAAUUUUAUUGGAACAUAACCAUGCCCAUUAGUUUUCAUGUUGUCUAUGGUUGCUUUCAUGCAACAAUAGUAGAGUUGACUAGUUAUAAGAGUCUAUUUGGCUCUCAAAGCCUCAAAUAUUCACUGGCAGGCUCUUUAUAGAAAGAGUUUGCCAACCCAUGACUUACAAAAUAAAUGAAUCUUUUAAAAGAGCAACAUUAAAUCAUAAAUCAUCUUGUUUUUCUUAUUGAUGAAAGUUGAGCUUUGCUAAGUUUCUUGAGGAUUUUGGAGAUGCUAAAUAUUUACUUCCAUGGUUCUCUUCCCUUACAAAGGGGUUUUAUAAACUAACAAUAAUUUAUAGUAUAUGAAUCACCACCCAGUUUACUUCAUGGCAUAUUAACUCACCUUUGCUACAGCAUUAGGGGUUACUUGAUUAUUUUGUUUCAACUGUUUUGCCCCAUUCAGAGCUUUGGAAAUUGGAGGGGCUUUUUAUGGGAGGACAUUAAAGUGUGAAGUUGUGUGUAUGCUUUGACUGAAUUGUAACUCUCCUAGGUAAUCUGCAAACAUGAGUCAUUAAGAGAAUACUCUUAAGUUUCUAAGCACAUUUGAAUGCAUGAGAGUUUUUGUGAAAUUAAAAGUCAUGCUUUUUUUUUAAAGAAAAGAAAUAUUGUUCCUUGGUCUUUAUGGAAACUCAUACUUUUAUCCAUAGUUUUGAAAGUAAUGUAUUAGAUUUUACACAUGACUAUAGAAGAGACUUUGGUGCCCUGGUGGCAUAGUGGUUAAGAGCUAAGCUGCUAGUCAAAAGGUCGGCAGUACAAAUCCUCCAGCCACUCCUUGGAAACACUAUGGGGCAGUUCUCCUCUGUCCUGUAGGGUCACUAUGAGUCGGAACUGACUCGACGGCAUCUAAUAGCAACAACAAGAGAAGAGACCUAGCUCACUAAAACUCAGGGAUAGAAUUCAGACUUUUGGGAGUCCUCUAAACACUUCACCAUGAAAGAAGUACAAACACCGAGAAAAAAAAAAAACUUGCCA